AUGGAAUUACAAGGUUCUUGUCACUGUGGAAAAGUUUCCUUUAGCGUUACCUCUCAUACACCUGCACCGUUUAUGCGUUGUUACUGUUCUAUUUGCCGUAAAUGUCAAGGUGGUGGCGGUUAUGCAAUUAACAUCAUGGGACAGCAUAAAACAUUAAAGGUGAACGGUCGAGAGCAUGUUCGGUAUUACCGAGCCCUUCGUGAUAAAGAAACGAAUGAACUUUGUGGCAAUAUUCGCUAUUUUUGCAGCGAAUGCGGCAGUCAUCUGUAUGCAUACAAUGAAUCUUAUUCGGAUUUUGUGUACCCCAUGGCAUGUGCCAUUGACACGCCUUUACCGGAAUUGUCGCAUGAAGAUGUCUAUUGCAUUAUGCUGAAUGACAAGUCCAAAGCAAACUGGGCCAUUGUCCCGCCAUCCAAGCAUACUUUUCAAGAGUAUCCCGACGUUUCUCUCGAAGAGUGGCAUAAAAAGCACAAUCAGUAUAUCAACUGA